CCCGCAAUAUACCUUGUCCGUUCAGAUCUAUGCCUUCCACCACACCCGUGUUUAAGAUUGUUUCCCAGAAAGUACACCUUGCCCAAACAGAACUACAUUUCUCUGGAAGUACCAUGUUUUUUGGAGCUGUUGGCAAGUGGAAUAUAUCUCUGACAAAGCAACACAGAAGCAUGCCUGACACCAGGGCUUCCCCCAGGACCAGGAGCUCUACCGGAGUCACUCAGGACUCCAGGGCAGCAUCUCCCUCGAUGGCCCUGCGCCAUAAAAUGAAAGAGAGGGUCCGGCAGUCCGUGGGGAGAAAGCACUUUUCUGAUCCAAGGAGGCAAAGCAUUUCUGACAAAACCUCCCUGCCAAAGAAGACACCAGCUAUUCUCCCUGAUCUUGAUAAUGAUACGCCAAGGGUGGUGCUCAGAAGAAUCAUCCAGACCCAGCCACAAGUUUCCCCUCUGGUUCCUAAAAUGAGUGAGACCAAAGAACCUGAAGAGCCUGGAUCACAGCCUCCAUCUGAGAGAAUUUCCAGUGGCCUGGAAAUGCACCUGCCAGACUUUGUUCCUGAGGGCACAGUCAUCACUGCAUUACACAUGAGUAGGAAGAAAAAGAAGUUCAGCAUUUCUGAGUUUGAGAGAGGAGCAGAUGAGCGACUUCCUCGAAAUCUUGCUGAGCCAGCGUUGGACAACUCUUCUCUGACAAGGUCUCUUCAGAUCUCUCUCGCUACCCCGGUACCACCAGAGUCUGUUGAAAAAAGAGGCUUAAUCCGCAGGCCAAAGAAUCGCAAAACUGUCAAUGUGGAGGCUUUUGAAGGAGGCGUGGAGCAGAAUUUAUUGCAGAUAAGAGGCACACAAAAUUAUCUGGCAGAGUCACAAGCAACAUCCAUGAUUGGAAUGACCAUGGGGACGAGUGAUACUGAAAUCAUCCUCAGCAACACGGAGCUCUUUGCUCAGCCGCAGCUUGGUGAACAAAGCCAAGCAGGGUUUUCUGCUCCUGAACAAAAGCUCCUGAAAGGAAAAAUUCCAGUGCAAGGGAGAAAGGCUUCUAAUGCAGCUACUGAGGAGGGAAUGCUGCCUGAUGUGGAUGCUGAGGAGGGCAUGCCAGAGAGACUUCAGAAGAAGGACUUGGCCCGGGAUUCUGAACACACUGACCAGAUGGCCGCUGAGUCUCGGGAACGAGCCGUGAGCCUGAGCUCAGAGCAGCGAGAACAUACCCGAGGGAGCAGUUAUGCAGAGCAACUUCCUGGAGCAGAAGAGCGGGUGGCUGGUGUUGAGUACCGUAGGAGCCGAAGAGAGUUGAGCUGGGACCUGCUGUCUUCUGACAGACCAAGCUCCUCACCGCCAGCUGCCUCUAGGAAUCUGAGCAGACGUUCGGACACCCUGCCUGCUCUACAGCCUGUGAAAUCCAGCAGGCCAUCAAUGAGAGAAACUGUCGCCAAUAUAAUUCAGAAGCUGGAUGAUGCAGAGGAGAGUGAAGAGGUGGCUGAUGUGGAGCAGGAAAUGGAGGGUGACAGUGCUGAGCAGGAGGAGGCUGUCAGUGAGGUUGUCGAGAGCCCCAGGAGUGCUAGAACCCGCAGCUUGGGCAGGCAUUCUAGCGCCUUGUCUGCUCAGUAUCCUGAGCAAUCUGGAAGGAAAUUGACGAAGGAAGCUGUCGAACGAGAAGCUGAGCUGGAUGGCGGAGCUGUGAUAGGAGAGGUGGGUGACUCCGAAGAAGAGGAGAUGACUGAGGAGGAAGCUGAAACUGAGGAGCCUGAGAGUGAAGAGCUGUCCAUGAAGACACCUGCAUUCGUCCGUGCUAAAGCGUAUAGAUCAUCUCCCUUGCUGUCAACCCCACGCACCCUGAAAACUGCUGCUUCCAGGUUUCCCCCAAAGCCUCCCCGAGCUCAACAGGCUGCAAAGAGAACAGCGAUGGCUCCCAGGAGAAAGCGAGAGCCUGCACUACCCAGCAGCUUGGUGAAGAAGAUCUUUAGCCAUUAUGUGAAAGUGCCAGUGGCCAGAGAUGCAUUUAAGGUUGUUGAGAAGUGCGUGGAGGUGUACUUCAGGCAGCUCAGUAACGACCUGGAGGCUUACACUAUUCAUGCUAGGAGGAAGACUGUGGAGGAAGCUGACCUGGAGCUCCUCAUGAGAAGACAAGGGCUGGUGACAGACAAGAUGCCUCUCCAUGUGCUGAUAGAGCGCCACCUUCCUCUGGAACAUAGGAAGCUACUGAUUCCAGUUGCCAUGAGUGGAAAUAAAGUGAUCCCUCACAAAUAGAUGUGUGCUGCCUGCGGCGUGCCUAGGUGCAGGGGAACUUUACACCACAGCAGAGACUGGCUUUCCGCUGCUUCGUGGUACCUGUCUGAGUCCCUGUGGCGGUCGGUCGUACGUUAGAAACCUGAGUCAGGCCUAAGGGUGUCGAAUAGCCAGUGGAGGUUAUUCUCUUGAACUGACCCUCUGAGUUGUGCCUCCUGUCACUGACGCUCACUGGGUCUCCUAAGUGACCAGUGGAGCCCUCCGGCUGAUGGAAAUGACUUCCCUGUGCUGUCUCCACAUCACACGCCCAUGCCGAUGAGCUGCUUUGUCUCCGAAUGUGUAAAAGUCAAUAAAAGGUGGGUGUUUUGCAGCGCCCAAGUGCUGUGUGUUCCUGGGAACUGCUAACCCCUUACAUGGUU